AUGCCUGGGGAAAGAGGACCACCGGGUGAGCCAGGUAAACCGGGUCCUACAGGUGCGGCGGGAGUUAUUGGCCCCCAAGGACCUGGAGGAGAGCCUGGUCCAGUAGGAGAACCUGGUACUCCCGGUACUCCAGGUAUACCGGGGGAAGCCGGAUUACCAGGAGAAGCGGGCAAAGAAGGAGCGACGGGUCCACCAGGACCCGCAGGUAAACAGGGUCCUCAAGGAGAGACGGGUUUACAAGGAUUUCCAGGCGAAAGGGGACUUACGGGUCAACAGGGUGCUGCUGGCCUAAAAGGCGACAUCGGUCCUAUAGGUCCUCCGGGUCCAACGGGCGAUAAGGGCCAACAAGGAGAAGCGGGAAAAGACGGACCGCCAGGACCAGAAGGAAGAAAAGGGCCUCCUGGUCCAACAGGGCCAGAUGGUGCUAAAGGAGAAAGAGGGGAACGUGGUCCUACUGGUUCAGUAGGAAAAGAUGGUCUCCCCGGGCAGAAAGGACCUCCAGGAGCUCCAGGACCAAUAGGUCCGCCUGGAGAGGAUGGCGAUAAGGGAGACGUAGGGCCUAACGGCGAGAAAGGAUACAAAGGAAGCCAAGGAGAAGCUGGCCCAAUGGGAAGUCCAGGGACACAAGGACUGCGUGGGGAACCAGGAUCAGUUGGACCACCAGGCGAAAAAGGACCGCCUGGACAAAUGGGUAGGCGCGGAGGUAAAGGUGAAGAAGGUCCGAGAGGUUUAGUAGGACCUUCGGGUCCUGCAGGUCCCCAAGGUUUACCAGGACCACCGGGAGUCAAGGGCGAAAUUGGAGAUGCAGGUCAAAAGGGUCCACUAGGUCCAGCUGGUUCACCUGGAGAACCUGGCACAAGAGGGCCAAAAGGCAAUGCAGGUUUACCAGGGGCUACAGGACCUGAAGGUCCUCAAGGUCAAAAAGGAGAUAGUGGAACACCUGGAUUACCGGGACCACAAGGAAUUGGAGGAAAAGAUGGUGAAGUUGGUCCUCCCGGUCCAAAAGGAGACGAAGGAAAAGCUGGUAACGCCGGAACACCUGGUAUCAGAGGACCUCCAGGUCCGGACGGUACCAAAGGGCCUCCAGGUGCUCAAGGAUUUCCUGGACCCCCAGGAAUUGCGGGAGGUCCAGGUUUAAAAGGUGAACCCGGUAAAGAUGGAGAUGACGGAAAGCAAGGAGAACCAGGACCACAGGGAGAACAGGGUUCAUCCGGAGAGCCUGGUCCAAUUGGUCCAGUAGGACGACCAGGUCCAGAAGGACCACCAGGUCAACAAGGAAGCGCAGGCCCCACAGGUGAAAAGGGAGAUAAAGGAGAAAUCGGAGCUCCAGGACUACAAGGACAACCUGGACCACAAGGCGUUCCUGGACCUCAAGGAAUUAUUGGGCUUGUUGGACCAUCCGGAGGAGUGGGUGAUGUCGGCCCGCCCGGUUCACCUGGAAUUCCAGGACCUCAAGGAAAGAUCGGCGAAACAGGACCUAGAGGCGAGAAAGGGGAUAGAGGCCGAAGGGGACCUAAAGGACACAGUGGUACUAUAGGUCCUUCUGGAUUACGAGGUGAAGAAGGCGAACGUGGAGAAAAGGGAGAGAGGGGACCUAGAGGACCUGAUGGACCUAAAGGCGCGAUGGGGCCUGUUGGCCCAGAAGGGCCCAAAGGCAACGAAGGACCCCCGGGACUUCUCGGAAUGGAAGGUCCCCCUGGUCCUAAGGGAACUGAAGGCCCGGCUGGUAUAAAAGGAGAACCUGGACCGUUUGGUCCACCAGGACCACCGGGCGCCCCAGCAGAAAUGCCUUUGUUACCUCCGGAACUGUUAUUCCAGGCUCAAAACGAUAUCACCAAAGGAGUAACAAGAGAUAGAAGAAGUGUCGAAGAUCUAAUAGCUGAUUAUGAAGAGGAAAUAGGUUCCAAAUUUGAUCAAAUGUCGAAGGAAGAUAUGAAUAUGAAGUUUUUAGAAAUGUACAGCACUAUAUACAACAUGCGAAUUGAAUUAGAGACAUUUAGAAAACCGACUGGUUCCAAAGACAAUCCUGCAAUGACCUGUAAAGACCUCUACUAUGGACAUCCCCAUUUAAAAGACGGUUGGUAUUGGAUUGAUCCCAACUUGGGAAUGAAAGACGACACGGUGUAUGUUUAUUGUAACAUGACAGCUGAAGGAGAAACAUGUGUUUAUCCUGAUGUUCACAGUUCAAAUAUGCCCAAUAUACCUUGGAGAAAAGAAGGGAAUCAUAAAAAUUGGUAUUCCAAUUUAAGAGGUGGUUUUAGGAUCACUUACGAAACCGUGGGUACCGUCCAAAUGUCCUUCUUAAAACUCCUGUCGAAAGAAGCUUACCAAAAUUUCACUUACACCUGUAUUAACAGCGUAGCUUGGCAUAAUUCUAUCACAAAUAAAUAUGAUCUGUCCAUCAAGCUAUUAGGAGAUGACGAAUUUGAAUAUUCCCUCGCCAAUCAAAAACCGAUUGUUGUGUCAGAUGGUUGCUCAUCGAGGGACUCGAAAAGUGAGACUGUAUUUGAGGUUAGAACCAGUAAAUUGUCGCAAGUACCUCUCAUUGAUUUUUACCCUGUUGACUACGGAUCGCCAAAUCAGGCUUUUGGAUUUUCGGUCGGACCUGUAUGCUUUAAAUGA